AUGGAGUCUGCACAAAUGGAGCAGAGUCUACACCCGGGCAACGAGUCAGACCGCGACGAAGUUCAUAAUCAAAGUAUAGUAGUUCCUGUCAACCUCAUUGCAACAACAGAUGGCUUCGAAAAGAAAGAUCAUUCAUGGUUUGUUACCUCUCAGAUUCCAACAGAUCUAUCGAUCCAAGUUGAAGACAUUACCUUCUACGUUCACAAGUAUCCUUUGGCGGCACGGUGCGGCUACCUUAGUCCGAUUGAACUUCAGCAACCAAAUCCCAAUCUAGGUUGUGAUCUUAAAUUAGAAAACUUCCCUGGCGGCUCAGAAGCAUUUGAAACUGUUCUGAAAUUUUGUUAUGGGUUGCCGAUAGGCUUAAACCCACACAAUGUAGCCGCACUAAGAUGUGCUUCAGAAUUUCUGGAAAUGACUGAAGACCUAGAAGAUGGAAACCUCAUCUCCAAGACUGAAGCAUUCUUUACGUUUGUGGUUCUUUCUUCCUGGAUGGAUUCCAUCAUCGUCCUCAACUCAUGUCAAAACCUAUCUCCAUGGGCUGAAAACCUUCAGAUUGUCCGAAGAUGCUGCGACUCAAUUUCUUGGAAGGCUAGUCAAGAAAACUCAGCUACUGGGGAAAACAUUGGUGAAGAUGAGUGGUGGUUUGAGGAUGUGGCUACAGUUCGAAUUGAUCAUUUUACAAGAAUAAUUGUAGCCCUCAAGGCCAAAGGAAUGAAUCCAGAAAUAAUAGGUUCUUGUAUCAUGCGAUAUGCAGAGAAGUGGUUGCCAAGCAUGGAUCUAGGCAAGGAAGGUAUUCGGCGACAUGGCUGCUGGCAAAGUGGGUUGCACUGGAGUAUAACAAGCGGCAGCAGCCAAGAAGGUGCAAUAGGAAAAAGCAAGGAGUACAGAAUGAUCAUAGAGAACCUAGUAAGUGUACUUCCGCCUCAAAAAGAAGCUGUUACUUGUAAAUUCCUUCUAUGGAUGUUGAAGAUGGCCUUGGUAUUUUCCACAUCGCAAGCUUUAAUUUCGGAGCUUGAGAAAAGAGUUGGAAUGGUUUUGGAGAAAGCGAAUGUUAAUGACCUUUUGAUACCUACUUAUACAGUAGGAGAUCAGGGGAAGCCAGGAAACAUGACCAAUGACCAUGCAAUACAUGACACAGAUGUUGUUCAAAGGAUUCUGGAAUACUUCUUACUGUAUGAGCAACAACAGCAGCAGCAACAAGAAAAUCCAGGAACACUGACAGUCAGCAAACUCCUGGACAAUUAUCUAGCAGAAAUUGCAAAAGACCCCAAUCUCUCAAUCACAAAGUUUCAAGUCUUAGCUGAAUCCUUGCCUGGGAAUGCUCGAACAUGUCAUGAUGGCCUUUAUAGAGCCAUUGAUAUAUACCUAAAGACGCAUACUUCACUAUCAGAUCAUGACCGCAGAAGGCUAUGCAAAAUCAUGAAUAGCGAGAAGCUGUCACUCGACGCAUGCACACAUGCAGCUCAAAAUGACAGGUUGCCUCUAAGAACUGUAAUCCAGGUUUUGUUCUCAGAACAGAUAAAGAUGAGGGCAAUUAUACGAGGAAAAGAUAAAACAGCCAGUGAUGACACCCAGGAUGAAGGCGGAAAUUGGUUGUGUUCAAAGAAUGAAGUGAAUAGUCUCAGGGCAGAAUUGGAGUCAGUAAAGGCCAAAAUGACAGAGUUGCAAACAGAUUACUUUGAGUUACAGCAAGAAUAUGGAAAGCUCGGUACAAAGCAACGAAGUCUGUCAACAUGGAAAUUUGGAUGGAGCAAAAUCAAGAAGCCAUCUCUUUUCCAUAGGAAAACAGACGAGGAAGAAACGGUGGAAGGCCAAAAUGCAUCUCAUUCAGACCAUAAAACCAAGUUCAGAAGGAGGAUGUCUAUAUCUUGA